GCGAGCGGCGAACGGCGACCUCCUCCUCCUCCACCUCCUCCUCCUCCUCCCUCUUCCUUCCCCUCCUCCUCCUCCUCCUCCUCCUCCUCCUCCUCCUCGGCGGCGCCGUGGCUUCCUCUAUGCCCGCACAUCCUCCGCGCUCGUAGCGCCCGGACCGCGUGUGUGCCCGUGUGCGUGUGCUCGAGUGGGGGAGCCCGCCGUGUGCCGGGCGUGUGCGCGCCUGUCUGCCUGCGUGUGCGUGUCCGGCGUGCUACUCCUCUGAAUGCCUCUCCCGACAGCCUUGUUUGCCGUUUCUGAUUUUGCAACUUGAAGUGGCGGCCGGUGUGGUUGGGGUCUGGGGGGGGGGUGGGAGGGGGUAGAGAGAGAGGGCGCGGAGAGGCGGCGAGAGCCGCGGAGAGCGGGAGCUGAGCGGGGAAGCGGCCAGGCGGGGGUAUUUUAAAGAAGAGGGGAGGGGGGGUGAAAAGCGCAGGAAAGGGCAGGGAAGGAAAGGGAAGGGAGGAAGAGGAAAGGAAGAGUGUGGUUUAAAAAAAAAAAAAAAAAGAGGGAGAGAGAGAGAGGAAGGAAGGGAGAGAGGGAGAGAAUCCUCUGUUGCCCCCUCCCCCUCCCUAAAAAAAGAAGAAAAAAAAUUAGCGAGAGCGAGGGGAGGGGGGCUCCCGGCGAAAAAUAAAUAAAAUAAAGAAAACGGCAGGAGCAGCUCCAGGCGGCAGCGGCAGCAGGGCAGCGACGGCGGCAGCCGAGGCGGAGGCAGGCGGCAGGCAGGGUCCCCUCGCUCCCCGCUCGCCCCCGGCGCCCGGUCUGCCGCCCCCCGCCCGCCCCCUGCCUCCCUCCCCGGCAGCCCGCAGCGAGACGCGCCGCUCCCCAGCACUUUUUUGGGCCCGAGAUAUGGCAAUGGUAGUUAGCAGCUGGCGAGAUCCGCAGGAAGACGUGGCCGGGGGCACCCCGAGCGGCCCCAACCCCGCCGCGGCGCAGCCUGCCCGGGAGCAGCCGCCCCAGCAGCAGCAAGGCGGGGGCUCGGCAGCCCCGCACACCCCGCAGACCCCCAGCCAGCCGGGACCCCCCUCCACACCGGGCACGGCAGGGGACAAGGGAGCGGGCCAGCAGGGCUCGGGGCAGAGCCAGCAGCACAUCGAGUGCGUGGUGUGCGGGGACAAGUCCAGCGGCAAGCACUACGGCCAGUUCACCUGCGAAGGAUGCAAAAGUUUCUUCAAGAGGAGCGUCCGCAGGAACUUAACUUACACAUGCCGCGCCAACAGGAACUGUCCCAUCGACCAGCACCACCGCAACCAGUGCCAGUACUGCCGCCUCAAGAAGUGCCUCAAAGUGGGCAUGAGGCGGGAAGGAAAGGAAUGGAGCAGCUCCAGAUCUGAAAGAGCUCGCAAAUAUGACGACUUCAUUGGCAGCUUCAGGGGCUGUUGCGGUUCAGCGAGGAAGGAUGCCACCCACCCAGCCCAACCCCGGCCAGUACGCCCUGACCAACGGCGACCCCCUGAACGGGCACUGCUAUCUCUCGGGAUACAUCUCCCUGCUGCUGCGGGCCGAGCCCUAUCCCACUUCCCGCUACGGCAGCCAGUGCAUGCAACCCAACAACAUCAUGGGCAUCGAGAACAUCUGCGAGCUGGCCGCCCGCCUGCUCUUCAGCGCCGUCGAGUGGGCCCGCAACAUCCCCUUCUUCCCCGACCUACAGAUCACCGACCAGGUAGCUCUGCUGCGGCUCACCUGGAGCGAGCUCUUCGUCCUCAACGCUGCCCAGUGCUCCAUGCCCCUCCAUGUGGCCCCGCUCCUGGCGGCUGCCGGCCUCCACGCAUCCCCUAUGUCGGCGGACCGCGUCGUCGCCUUCAUGGACCACAUCCGCAUCUUCCAGGAGCAGGUGGAGAAGCUGAAGGCACUCCACGUCGACUCGGCCGAGUACAGCUGCCUGAAAGCCAUCGUCCUCUUCACCUCAGACGCCUGCGGCCUGUCGGAUGCUGCGCACAUCGAGAGCCUUCAGGAGAAGUCCCAGUGCGCGUUGGAGGAGUAUGUGCGGAGCCAGUACCCCAACCAGCCCAGCCGCUUCGGGAAGCUGCUGCUGCGGCUGCCCUCGCUGCGCACCGUCUCCUCCUCUGUCAUCGAGCAACUCUUCUUCGUCCGCUUGUGCUCCUAGAGCCCGGCCCGCACCCCCAGGAGAAAAGCGGAGGAGCGGCAGAGGCGGGAGAGCUCGCACCGAGGGGCAGUCGGGGUGCGGGGGGGGCCCGGGAGGCGGACAUCGAACAAAAGAAAGGGCCGAAUAGGAGCAGAGGUGUGGCCGUGGCGGGGAAGGACGGGCCUCGCGUCCGUAGAGGUCGUGGUGUUUCGCUUUUUUAUUUUUGGUCUUUUUCUUUUUUUUCGGAAAGGAGGACAAAAAAAAAUAAUAAUAAUAAAAGAGAUGAAAAAAGGCAAAAAAAAAUAAAAAAAUAAAGUCAAAACAACAAAAAAAUGAGUAUUGAGGGGAUAUUAAUCACACCUGAAGGGGAUACUGGAUUUUCCAGGAUUUAUUGUGGACUGUUGUUGAUAUAUGCUGUACAGUAACCAACAAAACGUGUCGAAACUGAACUGAACCUUGUGUAGAAUGAAGAAAAAAAAAGAGCAAAAAACAAACAAAACAAUUCCACACACAAACACUUACCACGAGCAUUGUUACUCAUUUUGUAAUAUAUUAGUCUUUAUUUUCAUUUUUUGUAAAACUUAAAACAUCAUAUGUGCAUAAAGGAAGAAAAAAAAAGAAAAAAAGAAUCGAGAAUUAGGGGGAAAUAACAUUUUCCAAAUAAUUAUUAAAAAAAGAAAAUUGUCCUGUGUCUAUGUAUCUAUAUCUGUUUUGUAUUUUUUUCUGGUUCCAAACCAGGUUUCCUGUGAUUCUAUACUACUAAUUUUUGAUAUAACCCUUUGCUUCUUAUAAUGAGUGCGAUAUAUGUUGUCGAAGCUGUUCUUCAAGAAUUAAAAUUGAAGUGAGAAUUUAAACAAAAAUAAAAGAAUUUAGGAAAAAAAAAUCAACUUAUCACCCCACAA